CAGACGUGGCGCACCGAAGGCUCCCCGGCACCGCAUCCAUCCACAGGAAGGCAUCAGGAGAGAUUGGGCAGGAAGAGGCGUUAUACGAUGGUUUCACCGAGGCCAUAUACGCAGCACCGUCCAGCCCGGUGACCUGAUGACUUCUCUCAAGCCGCGAAGAGACGGUAUGGGAUUAUCAGGCUUCUGGUGGCCAGUUUCCGCACCUCUCCGAACGGCCUGCGGUCUCGGCUAGGAUGCGCGGCGAGCGCGAGCAGACUGCGUAUCAGAAGUCCCCAGCAGCGCACGCCACCGAGAUGCCUUCACGGAAGAAAGACUUCGGAGGGUCACAGGGUUUGCGACUUGCGGUGUACCCUCUGGCUGUCACUCACAUGCUCGUUCCACGACCAAUCCGUCUCUGGCGUGGCCUCCGAAGGGUCGCGGAAAAGUUAACCUCAGCGCGACCGCGCCCGGAGGGCACGGCCAACUCUGCACCGACUGCGGACCGGGGUCUGGCCAUGCGGAGGCGUGUGGACGUGCUUGGUUGGUUGGUGCAUGCUAGCGCCAGCGUCCCUAGGGAGCACUCGCGCUUUGCGGACUUGGGAGACACGCACGCCCGGCCAUGACGACCCGGUUGUCGGCGGUCCUGCGACGAGGCAU